AUGCGCUCCACACAUCUCUACAGAGCUCUCCUCCGGCAUAGACACAACUAUCCAACGCCGCGGAGGCGACUUUUCCACACCUCACCAUGUUGCAAAAACGGGGCGGCACAAGUAUCGCAGGCUGAAGUGGAGCGAGCACGCAAUUACUGCGCAAACCUCAUCCGUACCUACGAUGCGCCGUCGCAUGUCCUCCAAACCUUCAUCCCCCCGUCCUCACGAGAUGCCUACCUCGCCAUCCGCGCCUUCAACAUCGAAGUUGCCCGCGUGGCCGACACAACGAGCACUCCCACAAUUGGCUUGAUGCGCAUGCAGUUCUGGAAGGAUACGGUCGCCAAAGCGCUGGCAGGCACGCCACCAAAAGAGCCUGUGGCCAUCAUGCUCGCCAGAGCAGGCGAUGACCUACACGAACGUUCUGAAGGGAAGGCGCGCCUCAAUAAAAGCUGGUUUUAUCGCAUGAUAAGCACAAGGGAGCAGCAUUUGGGAAACCCGCCUUACCCCACCUUGAGCGCACUGGAGAGCUAUGCUGAAAACACGUACUCGACUAUGCUAUACUUGACGCUUUCCGCCUUACCGCAGGCCUCGCUCACAACGGACCACAUCGCAAGCCACAUUGGCAAGGCCAUGGGUAUCGCUGCAGUACUGCGAGGAGUGCCUCUCGUUGCCUUCCCUCCGCAACAACCGCUGGGGACAAGUAACUCCAUGACUGGACAGUCCGGACCGACACAAGGCGCCGUGCUGCUACCAUUAGACGUCAUGGCCGAAGCCAACGUUAGGGAAGAAGACGUCUUUCGACAAGGCGCUGCCGCUCCAGGCCUCCGCGACGCCAUCUUCACAGUCGCCACACGCGCCAACGACCAUCUCAUCACAGCACGCGAGAUGCUGUCCAAGUUGCGGUCAGAGGGAACGUUGGGCCACGAAUUCGAGCACCAACACGAGGAGGAACACCAGUACAGCAUGCAGCAGUUGAACACGGGCAAGGAUACACAGUUGGCCGAGGUGGAACAGGCUUUUGGCGUAUUCAUGCCCAGCAUAUCGACGCAGUCAUGGCUGGACAGACUGCAAAAAGUGGAUUUCGACAUUUUCGACGCAAGCCUACGAACAGUGGACUGGAAGCUACCAGUCAAGGCAUAUUGGGCAUACAGUCGGCGUCAGAUAUGA